AUGCGCUUUUCAGGUCGCUUCGCGGCCCUCGCUAGCACUGUGCUUUUUUCUGCAGGUAUUGCUCAUGCGGGUUACCAACUUGACACUACUUACGAUACUACCAACUUUCUCAACAGUUUCGACUUCUUCACACAACCAGAUCCUACAAAGGGCUUCGUUCAAUAUGUUGAUGGACAGACUGCCAACAAGGAAGGCCUUGCCGUUUACGCCCAGGGGGGGAUAUAUAUGGGCGUUGACUUCAAGACCAAGAACCCCCCCCAAGGUCGCAAGUCAGUUCGUGUUACGUCCAAAAAGUCAUUCACUCGUGGUCUGUUCAUUGCCGACAUAGCCCACAUGCCUGGUAGCAUUUGUGGCACAUGGCCAGCUUUCUGGAUGUUCGGCGACAAUUGGCCAACAUCUGGCGAAAUUGACAUUCUUGAGGGUGUCAAUUCCCAAGCCCAGAAUUCCAUUACUCUUCACACAAUGGACGGCUGCAUAAUGUCUAACCAGGGCGUUCUUCCCUCUACCAGGUUUGCCUCUACGAACUGUGGUGCCUCUGGUGUUUCAAGUGGCUGCAAACAGGACACCGCCGAUAAUUCCAAUUAUGGCGACGGCUUCAACGCCAUUGGAGGUGGUGUUUAUGCCACUGAAUGGACUUCCGAUCACAUUGCGGUCUGGUUCUUCCCUCGAUCAAGAAUUCCCCAGGACAUUACUUCCCAGAACCCCAACCCCGGCAGCUGGGGAGCGCCAACUGCUCGAUUCGUGGGUGGAAAUACUUGCAACAUUGACAAUUUCUUCAAGAAUCACCAGAUUGUCUUUGACACCACCUUUUGUGGCGACUGGGCUGGAAAGGUCUGGUACGCGGACCCUAAGUGUGCAGCUCUGGCCCCUACUUGCGAGGCAUAUGUUUCUGGCAACCCUGAACAGUUUGCGAAUGCCUUUUGGGUCGUCAACUCUGUUAAAAUCUACCAGCAAGGAGGCAAUCCAGGUCCAGUCCAGCACUGGGCGGCUCCAAAUCCAUCUUCAGGCUUAGUUGGGCCUCAAAAUCAAAACCAUCCUCAACCGCAAACCCAGGUCCAGCCUCAACCAACUCAGCCAGCUACUCAACCUCAGCCUACGAAUGGGCAAGUAUGGAAUGGUCAGCCACAGCCUAAUCCUGGUACCAACUCUCAAUCGCCGCCCCCACCAAAACAGGACAGCUCAUGGAAUGGCCAAGUUUGGAACGGUGGUGGCUGGGAUACCAAGAUACGAAAUAGGGCUGUUGCGAAACGGUUUUCUGCUUAG